ACUCAAACCUUAUGCUUCUACAAACUCAAAAAAUGAAGUUUACAUUAUGUUUCAUAUUAUUCAUAAUUAGUUGGAGCAUUUUGCAUGUAAAUUCAACAUCAGACUACGAUGAGGAAGAAAGUUGGCUAAAAGAGGAAGACCAAAGUCAAAACCGGGUACCGAAUUGGAAAGGCAGGGGCGGGUCGUGUGAUUAUACAGUGGGAAAAUGGGUAUUUGAUGAAUCAUACCCACUUUAUGAACCAAGCUGUCCUUAUCUUAGCUCGGCUGUAACUUGUCUCAAGAACGGACGCCCUGAUUCUGACUAUCAAAAGUGGAGGUGGCAACCUUUCCAUUGUUCUAUCCCCAGAUUUGAUGCACUCGAAUUUCUGGGAAAAAUGAGGAAAAAGAGAAUAAUGUUGGUAGGAGAUUCCAUAAUGAGAAACCAAUGGGAAUCACUUGUAUGCCUUGUGCAAGGAGUCAUUCCAACUGCUCAUAAGAGAAUCACUUACAAAGGUCCGACAAUGGCCUUUCAUUCCCUGGAUUUUGAGAUGUCAAUAGAAUUUUCAUGGGCACCAUUAUUAGUGGAGCUAAAAAGAAAUUCAGAAAAGAAGCGAGUUUUACAUCUGGAUUUAAUAGAAGAAAAUGCAAAAUAUUGGAGAGGGGUUGAUGUAUUAGUAUUCGAUUCAGCACAUUGGUGGACUCAUACAAUCAAUACUAGAACGUGGGAUUACUUCAUGGAAGGAAACAGGGUAAUUAGCAAUUUAAAUCCAAUGCUUGCCUACCAAAAAGGACUCACAACUUGGGCUAAUUGGGUUGAUUUUAAUUUAAAUCCUCGCAAAACUCGUGUCAUUUUUCGUACCAUGUCACCCAGGCACAACAGUGAAAAUGGUUGGAAAUGCUACAAACAAAAGGAGCCACUAUUAUAUUUCAGCCACCCACAUAUUGCGGAACCAAUAGUUGUAUUAAAAGAAGUAUUAAGAAAGAUGAGAUUUCCAGUAUAUUUGCAAGAUAUCACCAACAUUUCUGGGCUUCGGAGGGACGGUCAUCCAUCAGUGUAUAACAGAGACAUGGCUCAACAACAAGUGAACCAAAACAUUAGAGAUCAUGGCUCUGAUUGUAGUCAUUGGUGCCUUCCUGGAGUUCCUGAUACUUGGAAUCAAAUGUUAACUGCAAUUCUCUACUGAAUUUUAAUUUUUCCAUGUUUUCUCAUUUUUUCAUCUCAGAAAUUUAUGUCUAAUGAAUGCAACUGGCCUGUUUUCCUUGACUCCAUCUAAUUAAAAGGGUGACAUUUAUUAUUACUUUAAUAUAAGAAAUUAAACAAAAGACCAAUUUUGUUAGAAUGUAGAAUAAAAUUAGAUUCAGACUUGUAGAGGCGAUAUCCUUUUGUUUCUGACUGUAUCCAAUGAAUAUGCAAUUUUCUCCA